CUUUAAAAGACCUACGUUACAAAGUUCGAAUGAAGUUUCUAAGUUAAAUGGUUCAUGCUGAAUUGCGCACAGAAAAAGCAGUCAGUGGAAGAAUAAUAAGAAGCCUAGGAAGAACAGUACAGUGCAUUUUCAUGCACUGUAAUAAAGCAUGUUAACCUAUUUCAUUUAAUUCACUGCUGUGCACCUUGUGUGAUAUCACUCAAGUCUUGCUUUAGUUAAUUAGCAAGUUACUACCAGAAGCCAAAAAUCUGACUCUCUCACUAGCUCAAAAAUGCCGUCAUGUAGGCUACUUUCUAAAUAUUCAACAUAAUCGGAAGCAGCUGCAAUUGUAACAGGACAUUUUGAAAGAGACCUGCUGCGUAUUCUUUGAUAAGCAGCGUCAUGAACCGCACUCAAAUACGGGCCAAGAUGGAUGAUCUGACCAAAGCUCUGUCUGUUAGUUUUACUGUAUCCCAAGACCACAACAAUAUAUCAGCACCCCAUCCACGGCUGUGUCAAUAUAAAAGUAAAUACAGUGUACUGGAGCAGGGAGAACGCCGACGGAGAUUCUUGGAUUUUCAGAAAACGAAAAGGCUGAACUAUGUCAACCAUGCCCGACAUUUGGCAGAUGGGGACUGGACUGGAGCAGACAGUGAAGAGGAGGAGACUGCAGAGAUGGACAUGAAACCACAGGGGUCUCAGGAGGAUGCCGAAGAUCAGAACAUGGAGAUCCAGAGGAUAAAAAAGUUGCCCAAGCAUUACGCUAACCAGCUGAUGUUAUCAGAAUGGUUAGUAGAAGUGCCUGCAGAACUGGACUCAGACUGGUUGUUGGUGGUCUGUCCAGUCGGAAAGCGAUCUCUUGUCAUUGCCUCCAAGGGAUCGACAGCUGCUUAUACAAAGAGUGGCUACUGUGUCAACCGCUUCGCCUCUGUACUUCCAGGUGGAAACAAACAUAAUUCAGCAGUAGGAAAAGAUUAUACCAUCCUUGACUGCAUUUUCAGUGAAGUUGACAGGACCUACUACAUCCUGGAUGUAAUGUGUUGGAGAGGUCACCCAGUGUAUGACUGUUCAACAGAAUUCAGGUUUUUCUGGCUUCAGUCAAAGAUGGAGGAAGAAGGGGGCCUGUUGGAAAUUACCAAGCAAAAUGCUUUUCGGUUUGUGAACCUUCAGAGCACUGCGUGCACAAAAGAAUCCAUUGAGCAAGCACUUGUCAAAAAGUACACCUUCAAUGUAGAUGGCUUCCUCUUCUACCACCGGCACACUCAUUAUACUCCUGGCAGCACCCCUUUAGUGGGUUGGUUAAGACCCUACAUGAUAGGUGAUAUUAUUGGCAUGGAGGUACCUCAGUGUCCCCUGACAUGUAAGCCAGAGUAUGCACAGCACCAGCUUCAGCAAAUACUUAAGCAGAAGACAAUAUACAGUGAUGUCCAUCCAGCUGAGCAGAAUGGCCGGUAUGAGCUAGAACAUCUCUCUACACCUGAUGUUAAAGAAACACACUCCCUCCAAAACGAGAGAAGCACACAUGGGCAUCUGAACACAAACAGAACUCCUGCAGAUUAGAACCAUUAAGCACUGCAUGGUAACUUGAGGUAAAGAGAAGGUUCAGAAAUGUGGAUGGUGCUUAGCAAAUUAAGGCUUGCCUCAGAGUAGAGGUUUGUAGAGGUGACUUAAGCGGGAUAUUUAUCCUCACAAAUGACCCAUGGUAAUGAUAUAAUUGUGUUGUUAGCCAACAUUUUAGUCUUCAUACUUUAAUUAUAGGGACCACUGUUUUAUCUGAAUGUGAAGUUUUAACUGGGCACCAUUUUUUUUUUUUUAAAUAUUGGUUCCUUACAUUUUAAUCUUUCAUUUCAUGUUGUGCUAAGGUUUAAUGUGUUUGCAUCCAACUGAUACUCACCAGUAUUGGCUGGAAAUGUGAAUUGAUUUUAAUAUUCUAAUUCAUGUGUGUUGUGUUCAUAUGGAAAUAAAAUGUCAGUAACCAGACAAAUGUACAUGGAA